GUUUUUGUUGUUUGAGCGCAAGCGAGCAAAAGGUACUCACAAACUGGCUCCACUGGCACAGACCUCGCUGACAAACCAACACCCUCCCCGUCUCAAUCAACAGCAGCACCCAUCACCACCAAGGCACAAGCCGACACACCAGCCAUGACGUCCACGAACGAUGCUGUGCCGGAGGUGCUCGCCUCGUCUUGGGCCGAGUUCUGCGAGACCAUCUGCAAUGGCGGAGCUCGCCGCAAGCUGAUCAUCGACUGCGAUGCUGGCACGGAUGACACGGAGGCCAUUCUCAUGUGCCUGAACUGCCCCAACGUGGAUGUCGUUGCCAUCACCUGCGUCAACGGCAACAUCCACCGCGAUCAGGUCAUCCACAACGUGCGACGCGUCCUCUCCCUGUGCGGUCGCACCGACAUCCCCGUCUUUGCAGGCGCUGUUGCCCCGCUGGUUGCGCCGCUUGAGGAUGCAAGCUUCUUCCACGGUGCAGACGGACUCGGCGAUGCCGACACGAAAGGCGAGGCGCCGGAGAGCGAGUGGCCGCCACUGCAGGAGGAGAAUGCUGUUGACGCCCUCAUUCGCAUCUGCCGCGAAGGCGUCAAGCCAACGGCAGAGGGAGACAACGUGCACCAGGUGCACAUUGCCCAGCUUGCCGACGCCCUGGAGACAAAGGAGCAGCAGCAGCGCAAGUUCAUGAAGGCGCUGGCGAGCAAGGGCGACUAUGAGGGCGCGCGUCGCAUUGAUCUCGACAUCAAGGACACCUCCUCCCGCAUCAUGUCCCUGCGCCGCGCCGCCGAGACCAUCGGCCACGGCGAGUGCUACCCAACGGUUGAAGUGCUUGCGCUGGGGCCACUGACCAACCUCGCCAUUGCCGCGCGGCUCAACGUCGAGUUCCCGGCCACCGUCAAGCAUCUUUUCAUCAUGGGCGGCACGUACCGCGCACGCGGCAAUGUGCCGUACAACGCGUCAUCUGAGUUCAAUGCCCACGCCGACCCGGAGGCACUCGACAUCUGCAUGCGCGCGUUCAUGCGUCCCGUCCUCGUGACGUGGGAGGCGUGCCUGGACCACGCGCUGCCGUGGGAUCGCGUGCAUGCCUGGCGCGACAAGCCAACCAAGAAGGCAGCCUUCAUCACCAAGAUCAUGCACCACACCCGCGCUCUGUGCGAGCGGGAGGGAUGGCCGUUUGUCCCUGCAGAUCCACUCGCCGCCGCAGUUUGCCUCUACCCUGAUAUCGUGACGGAGAAGGGUGCGCAGCUGCACUACGUUGAGGUUGAGCUCGCCGGUGCCAAGACGCGUUCACAGUCCAUUGCUGACCUUGAGGACAUGACAAAGUGCGUGCGCAACUGCUGGCUCAUCACGGACGUCAACUCGGAUCGCCUCUUUCACGCAUUCUGCUCCAUCACAGACGAGUGAUGCGCGCGCUCGGGUGCACGUGACUGACAGUGGCUGCACGUGAUUGGUUGUGGCUGCGUGCUUUUCAAUUGUGCUCGACUGUGAUUUGAUUGGAUGUUUGCGUGGGCUUCUUUUGACGUUUCAUGCGUGUGCCUGCACCAUCGAGCAGCAGACACGCCUUCAUUUACUUUCUGAUGGUCGCUUGCUCGGUUGUUUGCAAUGGUGGCAUGAACAAAUGUGUUCUCGGUUAAGUCAGUUGUGUCCCUCUCGGUGUCUUGCAUGUGGCUCAUAUGCGCUCUCAAUUUUUGUAUUUUCAGCCGCCCCACAACACACAUCAUUUGCACAUCAUCAGAACAUCACACCGUCGCAGCAUCGUGAGCGAAACAAACAAAACGAAAGCCA